UUAGAUUUGUAUAAAAUGAAGCAAGUCAGGUCAUUUACUCACAGUUGGUUAGCCGAGUGGUUUAAGGUGAAGCCCAUCAAGAGAUGAAGACUACAAUGAAGACUGUGGCUGCUCUUCUUAUUUUUGUCAGUUUGGCUAUUGCUGUUAUUGAAGAGCAGCCUGGGUUUGGACUCCACAGAUGUUUAUGUCGAGGUGCUGGUGCCAAAAUGGUGAAGCCAAAGCUGAUAGAGAAGGUGGAAAUUCACCCUGUUAGUCCAUCUUGUGGACAUCUGGAAGUUGUUGUCACGCUGAAGAAUGGUGCAGGGCAAAGAUGCUUAAAUCCAGAGUCAUUGUUUACCAAGAAUAUCAUUAAGAGGAUUGAAAAUAAGACCAGUUAAUAUGUUUUGAUGGCAUCAGAGGAAGAAUCACAGUGGACUUUAAGUAACUACUACAGUAUGAAACAUUUGUCUACAGUAUAAAGUGUCUAUUGCUGUCUAUUGAUACUGAUUUCAAUUUACUGAAAAAAUCAUUACAACAACACAGUGCAGAUUUUGUCAUGCUAAUGCUCUAUAAUGAAUCACACUUCAUUACAAAAAAUAAAGAAACCAUUUGUGAAUUGAA